GUCAAACUCAUAGCGCCCACUUUCACAACGUUGGGGCAUUACCGAACAACCCCCCGCGGACGUCGUCGCCAUUCCCUUCCUUCAUAUCCAGACGUCCUCGCAUUGAUGAAGCGACCGAACCCCACCAUCCGUCGUCUGUCCACGUCCUCCACGCGGUUCCCAGCCUGCCACUUGACCCCGGAAGACGAAGCGCAGUACAUGGCUUUGAGCCAACGGCUGCUCGGUCGUGCGAUUGCCGAAUGCGAAACUACGCUGAUCGACAUGGACAGCCAUUGGAAGUAUGUGCGGACUAUCCCAGUCGCGACCAGCAGUCUCAAGGUGUACAAGUCGACGCAUCACCCGUCGACCGCAUUCGGAGGAGCGGCGGCGCAGGUCAUGGCGACAGGCAUCGUCUCCGGCACUAUGGACGACAUCAUGACCUGCCUCAGCGCCGACAACAGCUUUGCCUUCCGGAUGAACUCGGCGCUCCUCAUGCCCAAGGAGCAUUUGGAUUGCGAAGUGCUCCAUACAAUCGUGCCACUGCCUACUAGCAGCCCUACUAGUAGUAGUACUAGCGACAAAUUUCGAUUCCUGGGACUCAAAUGGGGAGCGACGAAGUGGCCUUCGGCGAGCAAACAUCGCGACUUGUGCUACUUGGAGUCGACAGGCGUGACGCGCACCAGUGACGCACAGGGCCAUGUGAUGGAGUACGGGUACUGCCUCAUGGAGUCCAUCGACCUGCCGGCGAUCUGCCCGCCACUCGACCAGUUCUCCAUCAAGCGCGUCAAGGUGUCCCUUCGCCACGUGUUCCGCACGUUGCCCAUCGGGUGUACACUGGUGAUGUCGCACUGCUCCAUCGAUCUCGGAAGCCACGCGUCUCCGUCGACCAUGUGGAUGCCGCCGGACCUGACGACGUUCCCGCACCUUGUGAGUAUCGCGGCCGCGGCCGAGGUGGCCACGGCGAUUCGGCUCUCAAAUGCCCUGCUUCUCCGGCAUCCCAUGACGGCCGACAACUCGACGACAUGGAAUGUUCCCGAGUUUCUGCGAAAAUUCCCGCGAGAAUGCGCGCUGUGCCACCACAAGUCGGACCGCCUGCAAAAGCACCGCGUAGUCAACUUGCUCGGCUCGACAGGCAUCAAAAUCGUCGCCCAGUUCUUUUGCCACGCAUGUGCAAUGCCGCCAGCAACGCCGCCAGCCACGUCCCCAAGCUCCGCCACGUCGCCGCCAUCUCCGCUUGGGCCUAUCAUUCGACCUCGACCUGCGCCGACCAUGCCCUUGGCGCCGUUCUCCGAAAUGCAAUCCCGUCUACCACGUUUGGCCCAAGACCCCAACGUUUGUCCCAACGCGUCUCCCGUUGAUGUGGACGUGGCGUUUUUGGACCAAUUGGUGCGUUUGUCCCAUCUGGACGAUCAUUUGUCCCAAGCCGACCACUCCUCGUCGGGGCGAAGCAGCGACCUCUUGUCCGUGGACGGAUCGCAGACUCAACUCGUGUUGUCGCAAUCGUCGGGUCGGAAUGGUCGGCCUACUACUAGUACUACUACUACUACUAGUACUAGUACUAGUCGUACGACGAUGAUGCACUUGCCCAUCUUGGAUUUCGACGACGACGAUGAAGACGAUGUCGUGAGCGUGUACAGCGGCCUCGACAUUAGCGUUCGGGACAUGGUCGUGUAUAAAGGGACGACGACUCCUACUACCCUUCCCAGUACUAGUACUACUACUAGUACUAGUACUAGUACUAGCUACACCCACCCCGUGGCCCAGCAACUGAUGCAACUGAACCGCCAAAUGCAAAACACGAUGGACGUGCUGCGCAGAAACCAAUGCCGCGCCGAGAUGCUGCAGCGAGACCUCCAGCUUGUCUCGUAGUGGGAACUUGGUUAUCUAAAUUAGCAAUUAUUACUAUUUACAUCCAAACAAGCAGUAC